CCUCAUCUGUGCUCAGUUCUCUCACAAACACCAUCUCUAUUUGUCUCUCAGGAUUCUCUUGCGUUUGUUAUCUUUCUGUGUGGCUAAGCAUUUUAGGAUUAGAUCUGAGUUUAAUUGUGCUAGCCAUUUUUCUCUGAUUCUCUGAGCAUAAUGGCUGAACUUGCCCUCAACUUCGUCAGCCCAAUCAUAAAGACUGCAGUUUCUAAAGCAUUUUCAUUUGCUGCUGCACAAAUCAGCACGGCAUGGGGUCUGGAGAAGAAGCUGGGGAAGCUUGCUCAAAAACUGACUAUGAUACAAGGAUUGCUUCAAGAUGCUGAAGAGAGGCAAGAAAGCAAUCCAGCCAUAAGGAGUUGGUUACAGCACCUCACAGAUGUAGCUUAUGAAGCGGUGGAUGUACUGGAUGAGUACGAGUAUGAGGUUCUUAAGCACAAAGUUCAGACUCAAGGCCGAAAGAUGAAAAAGGUGCGCACUUUCUUUGGUGUUUUCAAUCGCACUGCCUUUCGUCUUAGCAUGGCUGAUAAGAUUAGGACAAUUAAUAAGGAUCUGGAUGAAAUCAACAACCAAGGGGUUUUGUAUCUGUCAAUCAGAUUUAGUGACCAAUGUCAUUCCACUGCUGGUGCAAGGCAAUAUCCUGAGACAGAUCCCAUCCCUGAUUGUUCCAAAUUUGUAGGAAGGCAUAAUGAUGUCUUAGAAAUUGUCAAGAAGCUGGAUAACAUAAGGAGUCAACAUAUCCUCUCUGGCAUUUCAAUAGUAGGCUUUGGGGGCAUAGGCAAGACAACAUUAGCGAAGUCAAUAUGUAGUAUGGUAAAAGAACAAAAGUUGUAUGACCUGGUGGCUUGGGUUUGUGUGUCUGAGGAAUUUGAUGAAAAAAUAAUAUUAGGAGAUAUGUUAGAAUACCUUGGUAGCUCUGUUGGUCGAAAGAAUAAUAUAGGUGCACUUAUUCAGGAACUUGGACAGAAGUUAGAAGAUAGAAAAUUUCUUCUAGUUCUUGAUGACUUGUGGAAUGAAGAUAGAGGCAAGUGGGAUAGUUUCAAUUCUCGUUUGUUAAAAAUUUUAAAAACCAAUGGAAACUCCAUUCUUGUGACUACUCGUAGUGAUAAGGUAGCAUCCAUAAUGGAGGCACUUCCAAUGCAAAAACAUGAUAUGGUAAAGCUAUCAGAUCAUGAAUGUUGGUUGAUAAUUGAGGACACAGUUCUCAGAUCAUCAACAGAAACUUCAAUACCUUUGGAUUUAGAAGGUAUUGGACAAGAAAUUGCCAAAAAAUAUGAUUUAAUUCAACUUUGGGUGGCUCAGGGGUUUGUUCACAAAUCUAAUGAAAGCCUUGUGGAAAUGGAGGAUAUUGGUAAGGAGUAUUUCAAGGAGUUGUUAUCAAAUUCUUUAUUCCAAGAUAUUGGAUGGGAUUUGUAUGGGAAUAUUGAAUCUUGCAAAAUGCAUGAUCUAGUGCAUGAUCUUUCAUUGCUUGUUUCAAAAGGUAAGACCUUGGUUUGGGAUACUAGCUGCAAUUCUGAUGUUCAGAAGUGUAGUACUAUUCGACAUUUGAGAGUCAAGUCCAAGGGACAGGAUCUUCCAAGAAGUGUUGCUCAAAGGCUGCAUUCUUUGUUUUCAAAUGUUGAUUUUUUUUGUAGCAUGGCGUCAGAUCUCAAAAGCUUGCGAUCCUUGAAAUUAGAGGGAGGUUGGAAAAAGUUGCCAGCUUCUCUUGGCAAAUUGAAGCAUUUGAGGUACCUUGACAUCUCAAAAACUUUUGUCAGAACACUACCAAAAUCCUUCUCCAAGCUCUAUAAUUUGCAGACUUCAAAAUUUCCUGACGAUGAUACUCUUAAAACUCUCAUCACCUGGAGGCCUGUCUAUGAUGAUCGUCCAAGGGAUAUAUCUAUCAUGCAGUUAACUUCCCUUCGAACAUUAUCACAUUUUGCUGUGGGCACAAAAAAGGGACGCCGGAUUGAAGACCUUGGAUGCUUAAGCCAACUUGGAGGAAAACUAGAGAUUUGGAAGCUUGAACAUGUCAGAUCUCAAUUGGAAGCUUCUAAAGCAGAGCUGAAAGAAAAGGCAAAAUUGCAUCAAUUGAAAUUAUGCUGGAGUAGUGGCUAUGAAGGAGCAGUCAACAACAAAGAUGAAGAAGUUCUAGAAAGCCUUCAACCUCAUUCAAAUUUGAAAAGCCUCACUAUUUAUGGUUACAAAGGAAAGAUGUUCCCAUCUUGGAUGGGGAAUGAUGUCAAUGGUUCUGGUUCUUCAUUCCUUCUUGACAACAUGGUGGAGUUGGAGUUAACUUAUUGCAAUGAGUGCACGUGUAUUCCGAAUUUGGGACUAUUGCCUUUUCUCAAGGUCCUUUACAUUGGAAAAAUGGGAAAUGUCAGAAGAAUGGGCCACAAGCUUCAGCUUGGUGGAGGAGAAUCAAUCAAAUUGUUCCCAGCUUUGAAAACACUCACUGUAGAGUACAUGCGAAGGCUAGAAGAAUGGGUUGAAGUUGUUGAGGAUGCAGCUGUAGGGAGCCAAGGUGUGAUCGUGUUUCCUUGCCUUGAGCAUGUGAAGAUUUCUAAUUGUCCUUGGUUGGAGACUUGGCGGAUGGGUGGAUUUUCAUCUCAUCAUAAGCUCUCUUGGCUGGAGAUAUGGUGCUGUCAGAAACUGAUGGCUAUCCCUAGUUUAGAUGGGCUCUCAACUCUUAAAGAUUUUUGUCUCGUGGACAAUAAUGGAUUAACAAGUCUACCAAUUGGGCUUGUAUCUUGCAUCUCUUUUCAGUUCUUGCGAAUUGAAAGUUGCCGAAAUCUGAACUUCCCAAGUAUAAAUGGGUUUACAUCUCUUGAACACGUCCGCCUUUCUCGUUGCGAUGGAUUAAGGUGUCUUCCAAUUGGGCUGGACUCUUGCAUUUCAUUGCAGAAGUUGGAAAUUGGAAAUUGCCCUAAUUUAAUUUCCAUUUCUGACGAUAUCAAGAAAUUGCGUUCUCUCAAUAUUCUUGUAAUAGCACAUUGCAAAAAUCUAAGGAGCCUUCCAGAGGAGUGGCUAGAUAGCCUCACCCGCUUGAAGAAUUUACGCCUUGGUCCUUUUUGUUCGGAGUUGGAGGAAUUCCCAGGAUUGACCUCCAUUCAUCAAUUCCAUCCCUCGCUUGAAUUAUUGGACUUGUCCGGAUGGGAUAAACUAAAGUCUCUGCCACAUCAGCUUCGACAUCUCACUGCCCUCAAGGAAUUAAGGUUAAGGAAUUUCAAUGGCCUGGAAGCUUUGCCAGAGUGGUUGGGAGACUUCUCUUCUCUUCAUCAGCUGGAGAUUGGGAAAUGCUCUGAUUUGACUCAUCUGCCUUCUAUUGAAGCCAUGCGAGGCCUCUGCAACUUAAAAUAUCUUACAAUUGUGGAUUGUCCGAAAUUGAAGAAAAGAUGCGCCAAAAAGAGGGGCCCCGAAUGGUCCAAGAUCUCCCACAUUCCCAAUAUCAACAUACAGGGGAAGAACGUGCAGGGGAAAUACCAACAUCCCUCCAGUGGUAUGUUUAAUUUGUGGAACCCUAAUCCCUUCAUUCCACAUCAUUUAAGUAUUAUGCUAAUCAGAAAUUUAACGGCUGUAAAGCAUUUCUUUUUAAUCUUUUACUUUGGAAAAAAAACACGUCCUCUCCUCUAAAACAUAUUAUGUUAUUCAAAUAAUCAAGU